AUGUUGUCUGCUCCUGCAAGAUCGGCCAAGCGGAUAUCCUCGCUCUUUUCAUUGGGGUCGAAUAAAGAUAAUUCCAUCCCGUCUUCGCCCAGUUCUCCUAAUCCCAACAAUUUUUCGCGAUCCUCCCCCGAUCAGCAACCUCAGGAUAGACGACGCAGCAGUUCCCGACCGACUCGUCUGUCAUCGGCUCCCUACGUUGACCCCUCGGAACCAAUCCCUGCUCUGUCCCCGAACCCCAACGAGAACUAUGACCUCGACACUCCCCUGCAGCCUCCGCCCUCCCUCCUGGCUGUAAACCAGGACCUCGCCAACAGCGCCCCUAGCUCCCCCGAAAGUGGACGGCCCCAAAGCCGUGGCCGCCUCAGGAGCUCAAGCCGACCCAACAGUUCCGCGGGGUUGUUUGUUCCCGGGUCGGGACCAGACUCACGACCCGGAACCCCCUCAUCCAAAAGGCGCAGCUGGCUCCCAGGACGCCAGCGAGCCAGUUCGGUAGAUACCAGACAGGCGAGCACUAGCAUGCCGAGUGCUUGGAUCGCUGGAUUGGAUCAGAAAAUUCUAUACGACCUUGAACCUCUGUCAAAAGGAGAACAGAUUCCGGAAUUGUGGAAUGAGAAUGGUGACACCUACGUUUACCUUUUCCCUCAAAAUACCGGCCGAUCCGCUUCCUUCAAAUUACAUUCCAAUGUCUUUGCCGAAUCGCCGUCGCUCAACUUCCUGGCCCGUGGAUCGGAUCCCCGUGCCCCCAAAACCCUGGAGGAACAGGCCCAGUCCCUGACGCUCGGAAGCCCCGUCGUUGGUUCUGCAUCGCCGCCGCUGUCCCCUCAAGAUCAGACGCUAGAAGAUGAUAAUGACAGCACUGGUAGUAGAAGAAUGGCCUUCGAUGAUGAAGGACAGGAGGAAGUGCAGGAGCUUCAUUUGUACCUGCCAGUCCCCCUGAACUGUGACAUGUCCAACCCCAUUACGCGCCUUUCGCCAGAGGACACGGAAACCCUUCUCCUAUUCCGCAACCUGUUCGCCUUCCUGUUAGGACAGUCCCUCAUCGCCACGCCGAAGUCGCCGUCGCUCUUCUCCAUUUUCAUGGACGUCGCCAACCUGCUAUCUCGCUUCGAGUUCUCGAACUUCGACGGGUCCAACUUUGGCGAGACGGUCACCACUAGCUUUGGUAACUACUGCGACGAAUUGCACCUCGCUGAUGUGCGUAAAAGCCGUGAGAAAACCCUGGAAGCCAUCGUUCUGGGAGAACGCCUGCGGUUCUUCCCGCUCUACCUGGAAGGCUUCGUACAUGGUGUGGGCAAACUGGACGAUCUGAAGCAGCUGCGAAGCCCCAAGUAUGGCCUGAUCAGCCCCGUCAGUCAAAAGCGGAUGGAGCGAGGCUUCAUCGACCUCGACACGCGUCUCCGGGUCCUGUACAGCAAGCUCGAAGAUUUCGAUUUCCCCUCGGUCUUCUCCGGUUUUGCCAACUCGGCCACCUCGGAAGAGAGCAAGGUCAUCCGCUUCAAGGGAUGGAAGAAUGCAUUCAUGGAAUUCCGUCGCUUUGUAAUGCAGUACUACCGCCAGAGGUUCGGCUCGUGGCCGCCCAAGGCGCGAUCCAAGAAGAACCAGUUCGAGGAAACCGGUCUUAACCGUCAAGUUCUGCUGGAGCUGUACAAUGACUUCGCCAAUCUCUACGAUAUGCUCGUCGAUCGCACCGCGCUGACCACCCGAACCCUUGAUAUGGCUGCGACCGAAGACGAGGAGAGCAACCCCAACGGGGACGUGACGCACCGUUCGCUCCGUCACAUCCUGAGCGAGUAUGAUCGCAGCACGCCUCCCGUUCAGCCCCCAAUUCCAUUCGAUAUCCCCCAGAUGCCCGAACUCCAAACCAUCCACCGAAAGCCGCUGGAUGCCAAGAAGGAAGCCAAGUUGAAGCCGAAGAAACUCAAGGAUGCCGACAUCAACGCCGUUCUGAUGGGCUCCUACACUCGCGAGAGCUUGCGGCCUACGCCCUUUAUCGAGGCCUUCAUGCAGUUUGAGCGACGACAGGCGCAUGGGAAGAACAUCAUGGACAUCCAGGACCUUCGAUGUGGCCAGUGGAUCCUGCUGUACUGCAUCAUCCAGGCUCUGCCCUUGCUCAUCGUGGACGUCCAAGACGUAAAGUUCAACGAGGGAGUGGAAUACUUCCUCUGCAUCGCUCCUCGUGGCGGCGCCCCCUGGACUCACAACGACGGCAAGACAGCCCGCAGCUGGUUCGGUGUGGCCGGUGGAGCUGGCGUUGUCAGUCUUCCCUCCGACGUGGUCAUCAACGGUGUCGAAGGUAUCUACCGCCGUAGUCACUGUUGGCGGCUCGCCGAGCAGUGGGCCGAGAAAGACGCCAUCUUGGCGCCGCCGACCAUUGAAGAUCCGUACGACAACGAGUCGUCCUUGUCCUCCCCCUACCAGGGCCAGAACUCAUCGGCGGGCUCGUCUUCCGAGCAACAGCAGCAACAGCAACAACCGGGUCAACUUCCCGGCCCCCCUACGCCUCUCCUGUCUCCCGGCGGUGGUCUCACGCCACCGCCAGCUAUUCCUCGCCAGCAUUCCCCGGCCGCCAGCCGUCGUGCCGAUCACCGAAUGUCCAUCGCCCCGGGACUGGAAGCUUUGCCACUUCCCGCUGGCGUUGCCCCGAUCGAUCCUCCUUCGAGGCCCAUGAGUCGCUUCAACCCUCAAAUGAGUUUCGAUGACAUUCUCAAGCAGGUUCCCAACCAAAAAGGCCGAAAAUAA